AUUUAGGUUGAGUUGUCUCUUGUCUGACAUUCAAAGUGGCUUCCUUCUUGGGUUUGGUAGUUGAUAAAAGUUUCUUGUGGAGGUAACAACACAUCAACGCAACGACCAUGGUAGGAUACAAGAAGGAAGAAACUUAUCUAUAUGAUCCGAGAGUUCUGCUGCAAUUGAACUUUCACAAGAGCUCAGCGAAAUUUGAUCCGUUCAUUUCUGCGGCUGCACCUGGAGAAACGUGGCUGAAAGUGCGUCCUCUCAAGGACACUGAUUAUGAUAGAGGAUUUUUGCAAUUGUUGUCGCAACUUACGGCUGUCGGUGAUGUUUCAAGGACACAGUUUUUAACGAGAUUCUCUCAAAUGAAAGCCAGUGGUGAUUAUUUCGUCACAGUCAUCGAAGAUGCUCGAAAAAAUGAAAUUAUCGGAGCAGCUUCAUUAAUAAUUGAACGAAAAUUCAUUCAUGGUUGUGCGAUUAGAGGACGUCUUGAAGAUGUUGUUGUCAACAAUACAUACAGAGGAAAACAAUUAGGAAAACUGAUUGUUGUUACAGUAUCAUUACUUGCUGAACAUCUUGGAUGUUAUAAAAUGUCAUUAGACUGCAAAGAUAAACUUAUACCUUUCUACAAGUCAUUGGGUUAUGUCCUCAUUCCAGGCAAUUCAAAUUCCAUGACUAUAAGAUAUGAUGAAUCUCCCAGCGCCAAUCCUCACAAUCUUACUAGUAACACAGUAAGCCUCGAGUGUCCAUCUUGACAAUUAGCCCCCAGUACUGCUGCCAAGUCAAAACUUUAAUUAAACAACACAAUUGCAAACAAAAAUUAAAUCAUCUUGGAAAUAAUUAACAAUUUUCCAAGACAAAUCCA